CCCUGUGAGAGCAGGGGACGGACCGAACGAACGAACGAACUCUCUAUAACUAAUCGCUCGUGACGACGCUUCGUCGUCUGUCCGAAUGUCCGUCCCAUCGCCCGACGCGCCGCUGCUACGACAACGUUCUUCUAUUCCUAUUCUCUUUUUCUCGCGGUGACGUGACCCGAGCUGUGACGUGUCGCGCGCCGUUCCACCCGGUGAGAACGUAUCCCGCGUUUGCUAGUGCGGAUUUCCACCUCGAAUCGUGCUCGCGGUAUCCUCAUCCUCCUUCACGUUCUCUCGUUCUCGUGCCUUCGGCUCCGUGUCCGGUCGAGCCUGUGGACACGCUCGCAACUCGUUGGAUCCUCGAGUGCCCGUCGGCGGUUCGAGCUGGCACGUCCUCCUCAGCGAACCACGGGAAACGCCACAAGCCCCGACAUGUGCUCGCAGCUCGGAUUCCUCGGUCAGCACUCAAAGACACCCUGAUGGCAAUCACCGUUCGCGAGAUAUCGCGAUCGCUCGCCGCCACUCCACCCGCUGCUAUUGCGUUCGUGUCGUCCACGGCGUCGCCGAAAGUAGUACUGACUUAGUGAGAGAGUGUAGUGCGUGCAGGUGCGGUUGUGACCUAAUUCUCCGUUAGCCGCGAGAGACAUCGAGAAAGAAACACAGAGAGAACUGAUCAUCGACGUCCGUCGAAACCGGCCGAGAUGUCAGCCUACGCGCAGUUCGGAUACUCGUAUCCGUCGGCGUCCCAGCUGCUGGUGAGCGGCGGGCAGCCAACGACGGCGACGUCGCCGGCGAUGUCGUCGGGGGGCGCGUUGAGUCCCGGGGCCCUCUCGCCGUCGUCGUCGACAACGACGGGUGCAGCGGCCGCGGCCGCCUCCGGAGGGGCGAGCACCCCUGUGGCCGGCACCACGGGACCCGGUUGCUGCGAGAACGGCAGGCCCAUGAUGACGGACCCCGUGACAGGGCAGACGGUGUGCAGCUGUCAGUAUGACAGCGCGGCCAGGCUGGCGCUGGGCGCGUACCCCAGGCUAGCGCCCACCGCCACCUCCUACUCGUCCUACCCCACGCCGACGCCGUCCACCACCGACCAGGGGCCCUACCCUAGCAUCGGAAUGGACAGCUCCGCGUUCUACCCUCCUUUGGGAAAUCCGUACGGAUUGAAGGACACGACGGGAAUGGGGAUGACGGCGGAUAUGGGUGCCGCAUGGGGCACGGCCGCCCUUCAGCCUACCGCCACGGGUUACUACCCCUACGAUCCAACCCUGGCCGCCUACGGAUAUGGCGCCGGAUACGACCUCGCAGCGCGGCGGAAGAACGCGACGAGGGAGUCGACGGCAACGCUGAAGGCCUGGCUGAACGAGCACAAGAAGAACCCUUACCCCACCAAGGGCGAGAAGAUCAUGCUGGCGAUCAUCACGAAGAUGACGCUGACGCAAGUGUCCACUUGGUUCGCGAACGCGCGGCGGCGCCUGAAAAAGGAGAACAAGAUGACCUGGGAGCCGAAAAACAAGACCGACGACGACGAUGACGCGGUUCUCACGGACUCGGAGGACAACAAAGAGAAGGACGACCUCGCGGGCGACAAUCAAGGCGACAGAGUCGGCGAAGAGGCAAGGAGAGGUCUCGAGGAAAAUGAACCGAUGAGGCACGUGAAAGCGGAGCACUUGCAGCACGACAAGGACCUGGACGAGGAGGACGACCUCGAUCUCGAGGAGGACCCCCGACGGGGAGAGCAUCCCUUUCACCACGCGAUGCAGCACCACCACCAUCAUCACCAAGGAUACGCCGCGGAGGACCACCUCAAGGACGAGGGGAUCAAGUCCGACUGCAGCGCGGCCGGUGUCCCCAUCCCGGCGACGAAGCCGAAAAUUUGGUCGCUGGCGGACACGGCCGCCUGCAAGACUCCACCGCCACCCACGCAUCCUCACCAUCAACAGUACCAUCAUCUUCAUCAUCAACAGCACUACGGGCAGCAGCAGCAUCACCUGUCCAAUCAGGCGCACCACCAUCACUCGCAGCAACCUUGGCUCGGUUCCGGUAGCGGCGGAGGCGGCGCUGGGGCCGGAGGUGGAAACCUGAGCUCGUUCGCGUUGCCCUCGUCCGCGUCCAUGAGCCCAUCCGCGGCGGCCACCGCGCCGUACUCGAGCGCUGCCACGAGGUACGGCGGUUUCCUCUCGUCCUCGUCCGGUGGUCAGCUCCAUUACAACCCGAACUCGUCUUCCGGGUCGAGCUCGAGCGCGUCCUCCUCGGCGGCGGCGGGGUUUCCCGAGGUUGGUACGGACACUCCACCCCAGACACCGCCCAACAUGAAGGUGGCUACACCGAAUGGAGUGAUCCAGGCACCACCGGGCGGUUACUGCACUGGUGGCAACGGCAACGCAACGACCAACGGUAAUCCCAACCCGUACGGGCCCAGUCACCCGGCAGCCGGCGGCUAUCUGUCCACCAGUUCCGGCUCGGCCAGCAGCGGUUCCUCCUUCAGCUCCAGGCUGCAGGCGUCCCCUCACAAAGACUUCUCCCCGGCGGGACAGAACUCCAUUCUGCACCAGCAUCAGACCACUGCCAGCCUACCGCCCACGGAGGCCACCACUGCGUUCAAACCGUUCUACAAGGGCUCGCAGUCCAUGGGUAGCGGAUUCGUGUCGCCGGUCUAAGGCACUCUGGAUCGACUCCGGAUCACCGUCGCGUUCCUCCAGGAUCGUACGAAGGACGCCAGGGGCCCGCGACCGGACUGUAAAUACGCGCCGCUGAGAGGUCCUGGGAUUUACUAGCGUGAUCUCGGCUCCAAGAGGAGAGGGCGGAACCAGGAAGAAGAAGAAGAAGGAAGACGCGAGAAGAGGCAGAUGGAACGGAAGGCGAGGCCCUGGAUGCAAAGAAACGAAGAGGAGAGAGAGGAUCCUUCCGAACGGGAGGAUGAAAAGGAGCACUGGGGUUCGUCCUUGAGAUACAUAAAUCGUCCCCGUGCCUCGCAAGGUGCGACUGCGAAAGACGAAUGGGGUUGGCCGCGGCGUGCACGCGCGCGCUCGCGCGCCAGUCGGGUCGGCUUAGAGGAGCUUUAGGAAUUAGAGGAAUUACGUGGAAGUGCCUGCUUACGCACGAGUACGUGAGGGAAGAAGACGGUGCCGUUAGGAGGAAGAGAUAGUCGCGAAGAGGAGAGACGUGCACCGAAUAGUACACGCCUGAGACGUUCGUGUAAGUUUGGCCAUUUCGGGACGCCAUUUUCUUCUUCGACGACAGGCCGCCCGGUGUUUUGACGUUGGGGUCGUGCAGCAGAGUGGAGAAGAGUUCGAUGCGCGAAACAUCGUCCAAGUUACCUCGUUUCACGCGCUCGAGGCUUUCCUUAGUCAAAGCAAUUAAUUCUUCGUGGCCGAUCGUUCCGCGCGUUUCGCCGGUUUGCCAUUCUGUAAAUAGAAAGAAUCAUGGCCGCUGCGCGUGAUUCGUUCGCGACCCAAACUGGGACCGGUAACGCGUCCGGGAUCGGUCGUCGCGUCUGUAUAUAAAUCGCGUGGACAGAGGAACAGAGAGGCUGUUCGCUCCGGGACACUUCUCGUUCUUCGUCCGUCUGUAUCUGUUCACCGAACAUCGCGGAUCUUGCCGAUUCCAGGAGCCAAGAACCCGCGAACUACACACGGGCAACGUGCAAAGUAGCAGCCGAGGAGUGAGUCUGUUCGAAGGUCGAUCGAGAUCCGACCGAGAAGCCGCGUUUCGUGGGCCUGACGAGUCCGUGACAUGGCGUCCUCGAGGUUCGGAUCGCGGAGAUCGAUCGACGAGAUAUUACGAAGAUAAAACGAGGAACCCUCGUACCCCGGGGAGGUCUCUGGAUCCUUCGACCUAGUCGCGUGACGACGACGGAGGAAGAAGAGGAGGGGGAAUCGCACAGGCGCUACUCUAUCCUUAACCUACCAGUAAACUCUUUAAUUAAACUCCCGAUGGGAUAUUCUCGUGUACGCGAACACGCGGUUCGCACGGACAGUGGGCUGGCCGAGUGAAAGCUGGAUCGUCGGAAAAUUCGUCGAGGUGUGGUCGAGUGGACUGCGUAGUAUCGGUCCGCGCGCUGCCACGGUUCUAAGUUACGGAUAGCGGAAGUGGAGAGCCGCGUCCGCGAGUGCAGUCCUCGUGGUACCGAUAGACGACGCGCUUGUUCAUGGAGGUUGGGUAUCACGGUGCAGGAGAGAAAGAGAGAGAGAGAGAGAGGGGAGAGAAUGGUAAUGGCAGCGAUAAACUAAUUAAGAGUAAAAAUUCGUCCUUUUUCGCGCGGGCACCGUGCACACCCGCGAUCCAUGAAGCACUUGCGGCUUGCCGGGGCCUCGCGGCGCGCGCGCGCACCACGAGAAUUCGACGAUGCGAUAACACGCGGUCUACCUUUAAUUAGCAUCGUACUUCAUCCUCGUUACUUUCAACCGUCUCUCUGUGCAAUAUAUCGUUUUAGAUCGUAUGCUCGUUGAUCGUUCAAGCCUCUCGUGAUCGCGUACCCGCGAGGCGGUCAGAAGCGGACGUUUCCUCGCUCCGUGCGAGUGUGUUACGUUGUGCGUGUUGCGUGCGUGUAGCAAGUUCGAUCGCGAUCUCUUCGUUCUCGGUUCCUUAAUUCCAUCGAUCUCCGUGGUCUCGCGCGGGCAAAAUACCGCAGCGAUCGUUGAACGAGAGAGGGUGUUCGUCCAGUCGUGUCGGUUCGGCUCGAGUCAUGUCGGUCCGGAACGAGGAAGAGGAGCGAGAUCGAUCGUGUGCUUGGGGAGCGAGGUGCGCGGUGCUCGAGAUUGUUGAUAUUUUUUUAUAUUAUAUGUAUAUCGUAUAAAAUCAUCCCUCCUUUCGAAGAGUACGAUCAUUGACGGUGGUGGAAUCCAGGCACGACGUGUCUGCCAUGCGUACAGUGUUUCUCGGCGGUGUGUGCGUAGUGGGAAGGUUGGUGAGUGAAAGAGAGUGAGAGAGAGAGAGAGAGGGAGUGGGUACGGUGCGAAGACGAAGGGAGACUAAAAAGAUAAUUAUAGAAAUCGACUAUCAUUUUGUACUUCGACGCGUAUUGAGCGAGUGUGAGUGCGUGUUGUCGUCGACGCUCUGCGUCGUUCGCGAGAGGGAAGAGAAGGAGAGAGCGUGGUCAAUGAGUGGUAAAUCGGGAGAGCGUGAGAAGGAGAGCGAUGGGAGAAAUUGUACAUUGUUUUGUAAAGAGUACAUUUAUUUAUAUCUGUGAUAAUGGGCGAGGUUAAAGAGAAUUAGGGAGAAAACGAGAUGCAAGCGAGAGAGAAAAACGGGUUGCGACUGUGGGAGAGAGAGAGAGUGAGAGAAAGGGGAAGCGUGAAUUAGUGCAUUGUACGAAAAAGGAAAAAGGAAAAAAGAAAAAAAAAAGGAAACGAAGCAAGGAGAAACACUACGGUGUUGGUGUACUUGGACGAAGAUGGUCGGUGCUCGUGCAUUCGUUGACACGUAUAUCGUAAUAAAGUAAUUAAUAGAGACUCGAUCAUGAUUUUGUAAAUAAUCAUCGCAGCGUGGCCAGGGGACAACACCGGGGGUCGAACGUGACGUUUUGCGAAUCCAGGCGAAAAAUGAAAAAAAAAUCAAUAAAUAAAAUAAAAUAAAAUAAAAUAAAACGUAAACGAAGAAAUCGUAAGGGUAGAAUGAAAGAGAACGAGAGAGAGAGAGGUAGGGAUAAUAAGAAUUUUACGUGUUUCUCACACACGACCGCACCCUCGACACACGAAAAAA